UCGAAUUCUCCCGUAAAAUUACUUUUAUUUUUUUAUAUUAAAAAAAGAAUAAAAAAACAAAGACUUAUUAUUAAUUAUAAAAAACUUAAUAAAAUUAUAAAAAAGAAUUACUAUUUUUUAUUACUUAUUAUUAAACUUAGAGAUUUAUUUUAUAAAACUAAUUAG